AGAAGAGCCAGUUGUAAAUGAGGAUAGAUGGGUCUAGUGAAUAGUCUUCUUAUACUCAACUGUUUAUCAUAUUCUCCAUUGAACGGUUCGAGAUAACAGUGUUUUCAGUGUUGGACCUAUACAAAACUUGUAGAACAAUUCGUCUUCAUACAACUAUUACACUAACUUCAAUCGCCGAAAAAGAACGUUUUGGCGCGGAUUAUAGCCAAACUUCUAAAGCAGCCGAACAAUAAUCGAAGAUUUAUUUUUACCUUUGGUGACCACUAAUCAGAAUUUAUGUACGAAAAUCCGAGCUCAGGUGUGGAGAAUUACAGCAUGUCGUAUUCGAUGGAAGACGUCAAAGCGAUGCAGCAACACACUCCGAUCUCCAGUCCACCGUCUCACGGGGGUCUACAGCAUACUCCACCGCAUCAACAGCACCAGUCAAAUCCACAGUCGCAGACGCAGAACGGAAAUUCCGGAGGUACUAACGGAUCUAACGGCGGCGGAAAGAUGCUUGCGACUGAUCCUAGAGUGAAACGUCCCAUGAACGCUUUUAUGGUUUGGUCACGUGGUCAAAGACGAAAGAUGGCUCAAGAAAAUCCCAAGAUGCAUAAUUCAGAAAUCAGCAAACGUUUGGGUGCUGAAUGGAAAUUAAUGACAGAGAGCGAAAAACGACCAUUUAUCGAUGAAGCCAAAAGACUGAGAGCCAUUCACAUGAAGGAACAUCCCGACUACAAAUACAGGCCACGACGAAAAACAAAAACCCUCAUGAAAAAGGACAAAUACGGAUUACCGGGUAUGCCUAAUUCCGCAAUGCACCAAGUCGGACGUGACCCUGCCAUGUCACCAUACAUGAACGGAUAUAUGCCAAACGGAUACCCUAUGAUGUCACAUGACCCCAAUGCCGCAUAUCAGCAAAUGGCUGGCUUAGCCGGACAUUACGGUUACCAGAAUUUAGCUAGCCAACCUGUCAGUGCUGGUCAAAUGACCACACCCUCAUAUAUGAACGGAACCUCAAGUUAUACCAUGUCCAUGGCUCAGAUGUCUCCAUACAUGCAAGCGCAUGCUCAAGCACCCCACUCGCAAGUGAAACGAGAGUCGAAUACCCCCACCCACCCAGUAUCUCAGAGCCAGCCCGGGAAAUACCCCACACAGCAGGGUGACUUACGGGAGAUGAUCUCCAUGUACCUACCACAGCCAGGCGACAACAGCGAGGCGGCGCAGCAACAACGUCUUCAUUAUCAGCAACUC